CGGGAGCCGGUGCUGAGCCCCAGCUCCAUGAACGCGGCCAUCCGGAGGGUGCAGUACGCGGUGCGCGGCCCCAUUGUCACCCGUGCGCUGGAGCUGGAGCAGGAGCUGCGGCAGGGUGUUCCCAAGCCCUUCAAGGAAGUGAUCAAGGCCAACAUUGGGGAUGCUCACGCUAUGGGGCAGAAACCAAUCACCUUCCUGCGCCAGGUGUCAGCUCUGUGCCUGUUCCCCCCCCUGCUCUCUGACCCCUCCUUCCCCGAGGACGCCAAAGCUCGAGCCCGGCGCCUGCUGGCGGCCUGCGCGGGGCAGAGCGUCGGCUCCUACAGUGCCAGCCCUGGCCUGGACGUGGUGCGUGCGGAUGUGGCUCAGUUCCUGCAGCGCCGCGAUGGGAUCCCUGCUGACCCCAACCACAUCUUCCUGUCCUCGGGCGCCAGCGAGGCCAUCGUGACGAUGCUGAAGCUGCUGGUGUGGGGCUCGGGCCGGUCUCGCACGGGGGUGCUGGUGCCGCUGCCCCAGUACCCCCUGUACUCGGCGGCACUGGCGGAACUGGAGGCCGAGCGGCUCAGCUACAGCCUGGCCGAGGAUCGAGCCUGGGCCCUGGACCUGCCCGAGCUGAGGAGGGCACUGAAGGAGGGACGGGGACACUGCUGCCCGCGGGUGCUCUGCGUCAUCAACCCCGGGAACCCCACCGGGCAGGUCCAGAGCCGUGAAUGCAUCGAGGAAGUCAUCAAGUUUGCAUAUGAGGAGAGACUCUUCCUGAUGGCCGAUGAGGUCUACCAGGACAACAUCUAUGGCGAGGGCUGUGAGUUCCAUGCGUUCCGGAAGGUUCUGGCGCAGAUGGGGCCACCCUACUCUGAUACUGUGGAGCUGGCGUCAUUCCACUCCCUGUCCAAGGGAUUCAUGGGGGAGUGUGGGUUCCGGGGCGGGUUCAUGGAGGUCAGGAACCUGCAUCCCGAGGUGCUCCAGGAGCUCUCCAAGCUGGUGUCCGUCAGGCUCUGUCCUCCCGUGCCCGGACAGAUCCUGAUGGGAGCUCUGCUCAACCCACCCGAGCCCGGGGAGCCCUCGCACCAGCAGUACCAGGAGGAGAAGGCUGCUGUGCUGCGGGCGCUGGCGGAACGGGCGCGUCUGACCGAGCAGCUCCUGAACAAGAUUCCCGGGAUCCGCUGCAAUCCGGUGCAAGGAGCCAUGUAUGCGUUCCCCAGCAUCCAGCUGCCCCCGCGAGCAUGUGCUGCUGCCCAGGCCGCAGGGCAGCCCCCAGACCUGUUCUUCUGCCUGCGGCUGCUGGAGGGCACUGGGAUCUGCCUCGUUCCUGGCAGCGGCUUCGGGCAGAGAGAGGGAACCUUCCACUUCCGGAUGACGAUCCUGCCCCCCACCGAGAAGCUCCAGCUCCUGCUUGAGAAGCUCGGCAACUUCUACACCAACUUCGUCAAGGAGUACUCCUAAUGCCAACAGCGCCCCAUAGCGCCCCAUAGCG